CCGCCCGCGCGCACCCGGCGCUCCCCGGGCGGGCGGCGGCGGGACAUGGCGGCGCACAAGCCCGUGGAGUGGGUGCAGGCCGUGGUGAACCGCUUCGACGAGCAGCUUCCAAUAAAGGCUUGCCAGCAGAAUACCCACACCAAAGUCAGCACGGAGCACAACAAGGAAUGUCUCAUCAACAUUUCCAAGUACAAGUUUUCCCUGGUCAUCAGUGGUCUCACCAAUAUCUUAAAAAAUGUUAAUAACAUGAGAAUAUUUGGAGAAACUGCUGAAAAGAAUUUAUAUCUAUCUCAGCUGAUUAUCUUGGAUACACUGGAAAAAUGUCUGGCAGGGCAACCCAAGGACACCAUGCGCCUGGACGAGACCAUGCUGGUGAAGCAGCUGCUGCCCGAGAUCUGCCACUUCAUCCACACCUACCGCGAGGGCAACCAGCACGCGGCCGAGCUGCGCAGCUCCGCCUCGGGGGUGCUCUUCUCGCUCAGCUGCAACAACUUCAACGCCGUCUUCAGCCGCAUCUCCACCAGGUUGCAGGAACUGACUGUUUGUUCAGAGGAUAAUGCUGAUGUUCAUGAUAUUGAACUUUUACAGUACAUCAGUGUGGAUUGUUCAAAACUCAAACGACUCUUACAAGAGACUGUAUUCAAGUUUAAAGCCCUUAAGAAAGUAGCUCAGUUAGCUGUUAUCAACAGUCUUGAGAAGGCGUUUUGGAACUGGGUGGAAAACUAUCCAGAUGAAUUCACAAAGCUCUACCAAACCCCCCAGACUGACAUGGCUGAUUGUGCUGAGAAGUUGUUUGAUUUAGUGGAUGGCUUUGCUGAAAGCACAAAACGUAAAGCAGCAGUGUGGCCACUGCAGAUCAUCCUCCUGGUCCUGUGUCCAGAGAUAAUCCAAGAUAUAGCGAAGGAUGUGGUAGAGGAAACUAAAAUGAACAAGAAGCUGUUCCUGGACAAUCUCAGGAAGGCCCUGGCAGGACACAGUGGGAGCAGGCAGCUGACUGAAAGUGCCGCUAUUGCUUGUGUUAAACUGUGCAAGGCAUCUACGUACAUCAACUGGGAGGAUAAUUCUGUCAUCUUCUUGCUAGUGCAGUCCAUGGUAGUAGAUCUUAAGAAUUUGCUGUUUAACCCAAGCAAACCUUUUUCAAGAGGCAAUCAGAAUGCAGAUGUAGACCUGAUGAUUGACUGCUUGGUUUCCUGCUUCCGCAUAAAUCCUCACAAUAACCAGCACUUCAAGAUCUGCUUGGCACAGAAUUCCCCAUCAACAUUUCAUUAUGUGCUGGUAAAUUCACUCCACCGAAUCAUCACAAAUUCGGCUCUGGACUGGUGGCCGCGCAUCGACGCCGUGUACUGCCACGCCGUGGAGCUGCGCAGCAUGUUCAGCGACACCCUGCACCGCGCCAUGCAGGGCUGCGGGGCGCACCCCACCAUCCGCAUGACCCCGAGCCUUACAUUUAAGGAGAAAAUGACAAGCCUUAAAUUUAAAGAAAAACCUACUGAUUUGGAAACUAGAAGCUACAAGUUUUUGCUGUUGUCCUUGGUGAAACUGAUCCAUGCAGAUCCAAAACUUUUGCUGUGUAACCCCAGGAAGCAGGGCUCCGACUCACAGGGCAGCACGGCCGAGCUGAUCACGGGGCUGGUGCAGCUGGUGCCGCAGUCCAGCAUGCCCGACAUCGCCCAGGAGGCCAUGGAGGCCUUGCUGGUUCUUCACCAGUUGGACAGCAUUGACUUGUGGAAUCCUGAUGCUCCUAUAGAAACGUUCUGGGAGAUCAGUUCACAAAUGCUUUUUUAUAUCUGCAAGAAGCUUACAAGUCAUCAGAUGCUCAGCAGUACGGAAAUCCUCAAGUGGCUGCGAGAGAUUCUCAUCUGUAGGAAUAAAUUUCUGCUAAAAAACAAACAAUCAGAUAGGAGUUCCUGCCACUUCCUCUUCCUUUAUGAUGUCUCAGGGAGUGGAACUAGUCAGAUUUCUCUUGACCAUGACGAAAUGUUACGCUGUACACCAGGGGCUACCCUGAGGAAAGGGAAGGGGAAUUCUUCUAUGGAAAGCGCAGCAGGAUGCAGUGGAACACCGAUCUGCCGCCAAGCCCAGACCAAGCUGGAAGUGGCCUUAUACAUGUUCCUGUGGAGCCCAGAUAUCGAGGCAGUCCUGGUGGCCAUGUCCUGCUUCCGUCACCUCUGUGAGGAGGCCGACAUCAGAUGUGGAGUAGAUGAGGUCUCAGUGCAUAAUUUUUUGCCAAACUACAACACCUUCAUGGAGUUUGCAUCUGUGAGCAACAUGAUGUCGACAGGGAGAGCAGCUCUUCAGAAGAGAGUGAUGGCGUUAUUGAGGCGCAUUGAGCACCCCACUGCGGGCAACACUGAGGCCUGGGAGGAUACGCAUGCGAAAUGGGAACAAGCUACAAAACUAAUCCUUAACUACCCAAAGACCAAAAUGGAGGAUGGACAGGUGACCGAGAGCCUGCACAAGACGAUCGUGAAGCGGCGGAUGUCGCACGUCAGCGGCGGCGGCUCCAUCGACCUGUCGGACACGGAGUCGCUGCAGGAGUGGAUCAACAUGACAGGAUUCCUGUGUGCCCUGGGCGGGGUGUGCCUGCAGCACCGCAGCAGCGCCGGGCUGGCCACCUACAGCCCCCCCAUGGGCCCCCUCAACGAGCGCAAGGGCUCCAUGAUCUCCAUGGUCUCCACCGAGGGCAGCGUGGAGACCCCGGUCAGCAAAUUCAUCGACCGCCUGCUCACCCUGAUGGUCUGCAACCACGAGAAGGUGGGGCUGCAGAUACGGACCAACAUCAAAGACCUGGUGGGGCUGGAGCUCAGCCCAGCGCUUUACCCGAUGCUCUUCAACAAACUGAAGAAUACCAUCAGCAAGUUCUUUGAUUCUCAAGGACAGGUCUUGUUAACUGACACCAACACCCAAUUUGUCGAGCAAACCAUUGCUAUAAUGAAGAAUUUGCUUGACAAUCACACAGAAGGGAGCUCAGAACACCUCGGACAAGCGAGCAUUGAGACAAUGAUGCUGAAUCUGGUUAGGUAUGUGCGCGUGCUUGGAAAUCUGGUACAUGCCAUUCAAAUAAAAACAAAGCUCUGUCAGUUAGUGGAAGUAAUGAUGGAAAGGAGAGAUGACCUUUCAUUUUGUCAAGAAAUGAAAUUUAGGAACAAAAUGGUGGAGUAUUUGACAGACUGGGUAAUGGGAACAUCUAAUCAAGCAACAGACGAGGAUGUGAAGUGCUUGACAAGAGACUUGGACCAGGCAAGUAUGGAAGCAGUGGUCUCUCUGCUUGCUGGGCUUCCACUUCAGCCUGAAGAAGGAGAUGGUGUUGAGUUGAUGGAAGCAAAAUCUCAAUUAUUUCUCAAGUACUUCACGCUGUUCAUGAACCUGCUGAACGACUGCAGCGAGGCGGAGGAGGACGGGGCGGCGGCGGGCGGGCGCAAGCGCGGCAUGUCGCGCAGGCUGGCGUCGCUGCGCCACUGCACCGUGCUGGCCAUGUCCAACCUGCUCAACGCCAACGUGGACAGCGGCCUCAUGCACUCCAUAGGCCUGGGCUACCAUAAGGACCUCCAGACCAGAGCCACGUUCAUGGAAGUCCUCACCAAAAUCCUGCAGCAGGGCACGGAGUUUGAUACCUUGGCAGAAACGGUGCUGGCGGAUCGGUUUGAGCGAUUGGUGGAGCUGGUCACGAUGAUGGGUGACCAGGGGGAGCUUCCUAUUGCUAUGGCUUUAGCCAACGUGGUGCCUUGUUCGCAGUGGGAUGAGCUGGCUCGUGUCCUGGUCACACUCUUUGAUUCCCGGCACCUGCUCUACCAGCUCCUCUGGAAUAUGUUCUCAAAGGAGGUUGAGUUGGCAGACUCCAUGCAGACACUCUUCCGAGGAAACAGCUUGGCCAGUAAAAUAAUGACUUUCUGUUUUAAGGUCUAUGGUGCUACGUACCUGCAGAAGCUGUUGGAGCCUUUGCUGAGGACUGUGAUCACAUCCCCUGAGUGGCAGCACGUCAGCUUUGAGGUGGAUCCAACAAGGCUGGAGCCCACAGAAAGCCUUGAAGAGAACCAGCGGAGUCUCUUGCAAAUGACAGACAAGUUUUUUCAGGCAAUCAUUAAUUCCUCCUCGGAGUUCCCACCCCAGCUGCGCAGUGUGUGCCAUUGUUUAUACCAGGCAACUUGCCACUCUCUACUGAAUAAAGCUACCGUAAAAGAAAAAAAGGAAAACAAAAAAUCAGUGGUGAGCCAGCGCUUCCCCCAGAACAGCAUCGGGGCCGUGGGCAGCGCCAUGUUCCUGCGCUUCAUCAACCCCGCCAUCGUGUCCCCGUACGAGGCGGGCAUCCUGGACAAGAAACCCCCGCCCCGCAUCGAGCGCGGCCUCAAGCUCAUGUCAAAGAUCCUCCAGAGUAUUGCCAACCACGUGCUGUUUACAAAAGAGGAGCACAUGCGGCCUUUCAACGACUUUGUGAAGAGCAAUUUUGAUGCGGCGCGGAGGUUUUUCCUUGACAUCGCGUCCGACUGCCCGGCCAGCGACACCGUCAACCACAGCCUGUCCUUCAUCAGCGACGGCAACGUGCUGGCCCUGCACCGCCUGCUCUGGAACAACCAGGAGAAAAUCGGCCAGUACCUGUCCAGCAACAGGGACCACAAGGCUGUUGGACGACGACCUUUUGACAAGAUGGCAACCCUUCUUGCCUACCUGGGGCCUCCUGAGCACAAACCUGUGGCAGAUACACACUGGUCCAGCUUAAAUCUCACUAGUUCCAAGUUUGAAGAGUUUAUGACAAGGCAUCAGGUACAUGAGAAAGAGGAGUUCAAAGCACUGAAAACAUUAAAUAUUUUCUACCAAGCUGGGACAUCCAAAGUUGGCAAUCCUGUUUUCUACUACAUCGCUCGGCGGUUCAAGACUGGUCAGAUCAACGGGGAUUUGCUGAUCUACCACGUGCUGCUGACCCUGAAGCCAUACUAUGCAAAGCCAUAUGAAAUCGUGGUGGACCUCACACACGCUGGCCCCAGUAAUCGCUUUAAAACAGACUUUCUUUCUAAAUGGUUUGUAGUUUUUCCAGGCUUUGCUUAUGAAAAUGUCGCAGCAGUUUUUAUUUAUAACUGUAACUCUUGGGUCAGAGAAUACACCAAAUACCAUGAAAGGCUCUUGACAGGUUUGAAAGGGAGCAAAAGGCUUGUUUUCAUAGACUCUCCAGGGAAACUGGCAGAGCACAUCGAACACGACCAGCAGAAACUCCCAGCAGCUACCUUGGCUUUGGAGGAGGACUUGAAAGUGUUUCACAAUGCUCUCAAACUGGCUCAUAAAGACACCAAAGUUUCUAUUAAAGUUGGCUCGACGGCGGUGCAGGUGACGUCGGCCGAGCGCACGCGCGUGCUGGGCCAGACCGUGUUCCUCAACGACAUCUACUACGCCUCCGAGAUCGAGGAGAUCUGCCUGGUGGAUGAGAACCAGUUCACCCUGACCAUCGCCAACCAGGGCACCCCGCUCACCUUCAUGCACCAGGAGUGUGAAGCCAUCGUCAGGUCCAUCAUCCACAUCCGCACGCGCUGGGAGCUGUCGCAGCCCGACUCCAUCCCCCAGCACACCAAGAUCCGGCCCAAGGACGUGCCCGGGACGCUGCUCAACAUCGCCCUGCUCAACCUGGGCAGCUCCGACCCCAGCCUGCGGUCUGCUGCCUAUAAUCUUCUAUGUGCCUUAACCUGUACCUUCAACUUAAAGAUUGAGGGCCAGUUACUGGAAACUUCAGGUCUGUGUAUUCCUGCCAACAACACACUAUUUAUUGUAUCCAUCAGUAAGACUCUUGCAGCAAACGAGCCACACCUCACUUUGGAGUUCUUGGAGGAGUGUAUUUCAGGAUUUAGCAAAUCCAGCAUUGAGCUGAAGCACCUGUGCCUGGAGUACAUGACCCCCUGGCUGUCCAACCUGGUGCGCUUCUGCAAGCACAACGACGACGCCAAGCGCCAGCGCGUCACCGCCAUCCUGGACAAGCUCAUCACCAUGACCAUCAACGAGAAACAGAUGUACCCUUCCAUUCAGGCCAAGAUCUGGGGCAGCCUGGGACAGAUAACAGAUCUCCUGGAUGUAGUGCUGGACAGUUUCAUCAAAACCAGUGCCACGGGGGGCUUGGGCUCCAUCAAAGCCGAGGUGAUGGCAGACACAGCUGUGGCACUGGCUUCUGGCAAUGUCAAACUGGUGUCAAGCAAAGUGAUUGGGAGGAUGUGUAAAAUCAUUGACAAGACCUGUCUGUCCCCCACGCCCACGCUGGAGCAGCACCUGAUGUGGGAUGACAUUGCCAUUCUGGCUCGGUACAUGCUCAUGCUGUCCUUCAACAACUCCCUGGACGUGGCAGCACAUCUCCCCUACCUCUUCCACGUGGUGACUCUGCUGGUGGCCACGGGGCCCCUUUCCCUCAGAGCUUCCACUCACGGGCUCGUCAUCAACAUCAUUCACUCUCUUUGCACUUGUUCACAGCUUCACUUCAGUGAGGAGACCAAGCAAGUUUUAAGGCUGAGCUUGACUGAGUUCUCUCUGCCCAAGUUUUAUCUGCUGUUUGGGAUCAGCAAAGUGAAGUCGGCGGCGGUGAUCGCGUUCCGCUCCAGCUACCGCGACAGGUCCUUCUCGCCCGGCUCCUACGAGCGCGAGACCUUCGCCCUGACCUCGCUGGAGACGGUCACCGAGGCCCUGCUGGAGAUCAUGGAGGCUUGUAUGAGGGAUAUUCCAACGUGCAAGUGGCUGGACCAGUGGACUGAACUAGCUCAGAAGUUUGCAUUCCAGUACAACCCCUCCCUGCAGCCAAGAGCACUGGUUGUCUUUGGCUGCAUAAGUAAACGAGUGUCUCAUGGACAAAUAAAACAAAUAAUCCGAAUUCUCAGCAAGGGACUUGAGAGCUGUUUAAAAGGCCCUGAUAAUUAUAAUAGCCAAGUUCUAAUAGAAGCCACAGUUAUAGCCCUCACCAAGCUGCAGCCUCUCCUUAACAAGGACUCCCCUAUGCACAAGGCUCUGUUCUGGGUGGCCAUGGCCGUGCUGCAGCUGGAUGAGGUGAACCUGUACUCGGCAGGGACAGCCCUGCUGGAGCAGAACCUGCACACCCUGGACAGCCUGCGCGUGUUCAACGACAAGAGCCCAGAAGAAGUGUUCAUGGAGAUCCGGAGACCACUUGAAUGGCACUGCAAGCAGAUGGAUCAUUUUGUUGGACUAAAUUUCAACUCCAACUUUAACUUUGCACUCGUGGGACAUCUCCUGAAAGGGUACAGGCAUCCUUCCCCUACCACUGUAGCAAGAACAGUGAGGAUUUUGCACACACUCCUUGCUCUGGUUAACAAACACAGGAACUGUGACAAGUUCGAGGUGAACACCCAGAGCGUGGCUUACCUGGCAGCCCUGCUGACGGUGUCUGAGGAGGUGCGGAGCCGCUGCAGCCUCAAGCACAGGAAGUCUCUGCUGCUGACAGACGUUUCAAUGGAAAAUGUUCCCAUGGAUACAUACCCCAUCCAUCACAGUGACACUAGCUAUAGGACACUAAAGGAACACCAGCCCUGGUCAUCCCCCAAGGGGUCAGACAGACACCUGGCUGCCAGUUACCCAACAGUGGGACAGAUCAGCCCUCGCACCCGGAAAUCCAUGAGCUUGGACAUGGGGCAGCCUUCACAAGCCAACACUAAAAAGCUUCUAGGUACAAGGAAAAGUUUUGACCAUUUGAUAUCGGACACAAAGGCUCCUAAAAGGCAAGACAUGGAAUCUGGAAUCACAACGCCUCCCAAAAUGAGGAGAGUAGCCGAAAAUGAUUAUGAAAUGGAAACCCAGAGAAUAUCACCACAGCAACACCCGCACCUCCGGAAAGUUUCAGUUUCCGAGUCAAACGUCCUCCUGGAUGAAGAAGUUCUGACUGACCCAAAAAUUCAAGCACUGCUGCUUACAGUUCUUGCCACGCUGGUGAAAUACACCACGGACGAGUUCGACCAGCGCAUCCUCUACGAGUAUUUAGCAGAAGCCAGCGUUGUCUUCCCAAAGGUCUUUCCUGUUGUGCAUAAUUUGUUAGAUUCCAAGAUCAAUACCCUUUUAUCGCUGUGCCAGGAUCCAAACUUGUUGAAUCCAAUUCAUGGGAUUGUGCAGAGUGUCGUCUACCAUGAGGAGUCUCCACCCCAAUACCAAACAUCCUAUCUACAGAGUUUUGGAUUUAAUGGGCUGUGGAGGUUUGCUGGGCCCUUCUCCAAGCAAACCCAAAUCCCAGACUAUGCUGAGCUCAUAGUGAAGUUCCUUGAUGCCUUGAUUGACACGUAUUUGCCUGGAAUUGAUGAGGAAACCAGUGAAGAAUCUCUCCUGACCCCCACCUCUCCGUAUCCUCCAGCGGUGCAGAGCCAGCUCAGCAUCACUGCAAACCUCAACCUCUCCAACUCCAUGACCUCACUUGCCACAUCCCAGCACUCCCCAGCUUCUCUGCCUUGCUCUAAGUCUGCAGUUUUCAUGCAGCUGCCUCAUCCAGGGAUCGACAAGGAGAACGUGGAGCUCUCGCCCACCGCCGGCCACGCCAACAGUGGGAGGAUGCGCCACGGCUCCGCCAGCCAAGUGCAGAAGCAGCGAAGCGCCGGCAGCUUCAAGCGUCACAGCAUCAAAAAGAUCGUGUGAUUGUUGCUUUUUAAUUUUAUUUUUUAUUUUUGGACCUGACUGACACGCGCGGCCCCUCGCGAAGGGCCCUCCACCGGGUGUGAUGCUGCACUUGAUCUGUACAGUUCCCAUCCCGUCAGCCGCGUUGCCAGAUGAUCAACUCCUGACCCACUGCUGUUGGAGUUCUUUUGAGAGAACCAGACGACCAUCGAUGGCAAAAGGCACAGAGCCUGCCCUCUGUCCGGGGGGAUAUCAUGGCUUUAUUCUGGGGUCCUGCCCCUGCAGGCCAGAGCUCUUUUUUAGCUCCUUUCCCGAGGCCCUGCCCGUCCCGGGGCUUUUUCCCAGGGGGUAUGGGCCCAGAGGCAGGGACAAGCCACUACCCAGUCAGGGAUGAGGUGGGAGUGGAACAGAGUUGGGUUGCAUUCCAGUGUGGAGGAUGGGCACUGCUGAGCAGGGACAAACCACGUGAUACAGUUUCCAAAGGGAUACAAUAGAAAACAUUACAAACCCCAAUAUAAAAAUGGAACACAGUAUAAACCCAAUUAAUGCGCUACAACACACUGCCUGAGUUAAAGCCUUCAUUCCCCCCGUGUUCGGUUUCAGCCGGUGUUCAGAACCACGCGUGUGCCCCGGGGGAGGCUGGAGUUCUCUAGCGCUGCAGAGCCGCCUCUGUUCGAAUCCAAAGCCAUUUCCCAGCCCCGCCCUGUCUGCUCUGGCCUCAGGUGUUCCUGCUAAGGGAAGUGUUGAUCCUUAACCCUGUUUGCAUGCCUCAAGGUAGUAGUGGCUUCCUGAGCCGGGGGAGUUUCUCUAACCCUGGUUUAAAUCCAAACCUACAGAUUUUAGCUGUAUACUUUUUUUUACCACACUGAGAAGAAUCUUGUUCAUGAUAGCUGCAGUACAAGGAGCUUAACAGAAGUGGUGGAUUAGGUUAAGUUUCAGGUAAUUAGCAAUAAAGGGGAGAGGAAAAGGAGGCUGCAGGAGUCCCUCAUUCCCCAGACCAAGCUUCACACACUUGGACUGUACAUGGACCAGACUGGACAAACUGGCAUUUUUCCCCAGGUUCUUUUUUUGUUUGGAUUUGUUUGUUUGUUUGUUUUUUGCUGUACUUUCUCUGCCCUAAGGAAGUUGUACAGGGGAGAAUCCCUGGGAACUGACCCUUGGGAUGUCAUUGUAGCCCCCGCUUUAGUUCUGCCCUUCCCAACAAUGCACACCCAUGAGAGCUCCUGGCAGAAUAUCCAGCGGGGAAUGGAGGGAAAAUGGGAUGGAUUCAUUCCCGGCUCUGGGGGAUUGUGUGGCAAAGCUGCCCCUGCGCUGCCCGAGCAGGGACAGAAAGAGCCACGUCUGCUCAAGGUACAUGCAUUUAAAUGAACUGACACGGUGUCCAACCCAGGGGCGUCUGGUGGUGGCGCAGUCACCUCCCGGGGGUGGGUUCGGGGCUUACACAAACCUGAGGCUGCCUCACCGUCAGGGCCACGGGUGGCGGCUGGGGACGGGCACUGCGCUGGCCAGGGAGGAGGUGGCGCCGGUCCUGCCGUGGGUGCCAGCGCCCCGUGGGCACGUGUGGGGUGUCUGAGUUGGGGCGAGCUACGGUUCCGGCAGGGGCUGUGUCCUUGGGGGCUCACACAGCUCCUGCUCAGAAUCAGAUGCGCUUCCCAGUUUCAGAUCCCUCUGCUGUGGUAGGAAUUUACAAUCCUUCAGUGGCUUUAAAGGAAAAAACAAGUAUAUCCAUUAGGUAAAAGCCAGUCCUCCAGUGCAAUCGUUAGUGGCUUUCAGUAAAUCAAACUCCACAGCUAAAUUAUUAGAGAAUGGUACAAUUAAGGGUUCCAAUUUAUUGCUAUAGCACAUAAUUCCCAUGUAUCCACACAGUAACAAUGUAACAUUUAUGUAAAUAAAAAUACCUUUAUUGUAUUGAUUCAUAAAAUAACAACUUCUUUAAUUUGUUUACAGUCCUGGAAAAACUAUGAACACAAACUUCAUAUGCAAAUAGUUUGCCAAAACAAGGGGAAAUCUUAGAAUUAGCAGUCAUGGAAUAAACAGGCUAGAAAGAUGAACUGGUGCAAUUAACCAAAUCCCCUCACUCGGGUGGUGCAGGCGCCAAGGCAGGAACGUGGUCACUGGUGACACAGAGUGGGCUCUGAGCAGGGCCGUGAGGCUGAGCUGGGCUCAGGGACAGAGCAGGGGCUCAAGCUUUGGGUUUGGGGUCCCCAGGUUAGAAACCAUUGUCAUCCCACAACUCAAACUGUGAGGAGCCACCCCUGGUGUCACUGGGGUUUGCACGGGGUUGUGCCCGGUCAAGCUGGUUCCAGCCCUUGCCGUUGUGCUGAGGACAAGGAAUUGUAGAAGCCUGUGGAUUUGUGUGUAGGAGGACAAGAAGAAUCUCUUGUGAAGGUGGUGUGCUGUUUUCAGGUGUUUCUCAUAUGAGCAGAUCUCCUGCAAACAGGAACAGUAUUUCUAGAGGAACUGCCUGACUGAUGUUGUUUGGGCAGAGAGCAAGCCCUUCACAGUUGUGCAUCAUCCAUGUCAGAAGUGUCCCUCCAUCAGAACUGCUGUGUUCCCUGCAGCACAGAGAUGUGGGAGCAGAGGGGACGGGGAUGAAAGUCACCUUCCCUGUGAGAACUACUCCAGGCUCUAAGUCCCAGCUGAAAAAACUGCUCUCUUCAUAAAGUCAGUGAACAAAACAGAAUUUCCUCUUUUCCUGGAAGGAGGGAGCCAGUUGGAGUUUUCCCCAUAUGAGAGGUUUAGUGAGAGGGCCUGGACUCUGGCAGAGCAGGGGUAUCAGACACCUGUCAGGUAAUGGGUGAAUUGGGGUGUAAGGACUGCUGAUGGCCAAGGUUUAAUUUGGGAUCGUGUGUGCCGUGAUAGGCAGGAACGAUGUCUCCUAGUACUGGUGCUUGGGAAGCUCGUGCUUGGCUCCCAGGGAACCAUGGCCUUUUGUGUAAUGAUUAAACUCCCAUCAGUAAUUAGUUGUUGAGUGCCUUACUGUCACUGUAUCUCUGUCCCGCUCCCUCCAGCAGCUGCUGCUGGGAUUUGCCUCUUUUUCUUUCUCACAUCCUCCUUCCUUUGUUCUUUCCCUGUUCAAGCACUCUCCAUCCCAUUCCGUCCCUGGGAGCUCUGCUGCCAUCCCAGCCUGCUCCAUCCUUUCUCCACCUGCUGCUCUGUUCUCCGGUGACCAGCAGGUUGUUGCUGGUGACAGUGUGGCUGUGAGCCCUGACCCGACACCCAGCCCCAUCCCCGGUCCCCAGUGCCACUGCGCUCCGGGCAACCUGCGGGCCACUGGCAGCGGCUGCUGCUCCAGGCUCUGCUGCUCCAGGCUCUGCUGCACGGCUGGAGCUGCAGCCCCAGAGUCCCUGUGCUCUGACAUGAAAACCUAAAAUUCAGAAAAAUCCAAUUGGAACACGUGGACCACGUAACACCCUCCUGGGGAGCGUGUGUGAGCCCCCUGGCUCAGAGCCCAUUCCCUGCCCCGCACUGACCACAGCUCAGUACUGUAAAGACAAUUAACAUUCUGUUUGUGUUUGUAUUUUCCCUGACUUAAAGAUAACUCAGUAGUAUUUGAAUAGUGCAUAACCUACCUGUAAUGAUGCCAAUGUUUCUGCUUUACCGUGCAUGAGGUUUCCCAGGACAGGGAACAUUUCACUGAGUCUCGUGGGCUGAGCCCCCGGCGUGUGCCGGGGUUGGCUCUGACCCGGGUUGUAGGUUUUAGGGCUUUUUCUGUUUCAUUCUAAGGUUAAUUUUUUCCAAAGUCACAAAGCACGUCCUAUUGUUAUGCAACAAACCACAGACAGUCACUCAGAGUGUUGGUCCCACCUUUUUUUUUAUGCAGUAUAUUCACCUGUAAAUAGUUUUUGUGUAAAAUUUGACAGAAAAGUAUAUUUACUACACUGUAAAUACAUGUGACAAUAUAUUGUAUUAUUUUGCUUUUUUUGUAAAGCAGUUAGUUGCUGUAUAUGUAUAACAUACAAAUUUGAUUAUUCUAGUGUUAGUAACUGUUAACUACUCCUCCUCCCUCCUGCUGGUGCGUUCCAUCAUUUAAACCGAAGCUGUGUCCGACACACUCACCCUGUGUAUGAUCUCACUGCUUCCAUCCGGCCUUGGCUUCCCAAGGGUUUCUGUGAUCCCAGUCCCGGUCGUGCUGUCAAAGCGAGGGUGUGAGCCUGGAGAGCCCGCCGGUCCCAGCGCCGCUGGGAGCUGUGGGUCAGAAUGGUGGAAACCUGCUUUCAGAUAAUUAUUGUUCACCCCAUUCUCCCCUCAUGUAUGUACUCCCCCUUUUUUUUUUUGAAGUAAAAUGUAAAUUCAACCUGCUCCCUGUUGUUCGAAGGUCAUUCCUGGGGGCUGUGGGGUAAAGGUAGUGGACGCUGUUGGGACAAGUGUGGGUGGGUUCUUUGGGGCUGAACCAAGGGAUCCGGCCCAGUUUCAGACCCCAACUCCCCACGUUUUCUGGGGAAAAUUAAGAUUCCAGUUAAAAUCCAGUGUCUGGGGUUUGUCUUCCCAGACUGGUGCUGCUCUGGGUGUGGGAUCCUGCACAGAUCUGAGAUUGCCUGCGGUGACUGAGGAAGAAGAAAGCCCAUUGUCAUGAAUUUCAUGUCACUUCAAUAAGAUUAUCAUAACUGAAUAAUAAAUCAGAAUAUUUCUUUUUAAAAUGUAAAUUUAAUAUUGUAAUAAAACAGCUGCUUGGUCUUUAAAGAACAA